GCAUUUCCUUCCUCAUCCAACCUUUGGACCCUGUACAUACACCUCAUUCCCUUCCCUUCCGUCCGUCCCGCAUCAUGGCCGCCUCUCCGCCAUCCAGUCGUGCAGAAGAAGUACAAAAACUUCUCACUGCCGUCCAAGACCUCCUGAUCCCCUUCAUCCGAAGCGCCGACGAGGACUCUCUCGGCCCGAAAUCGCUGCAGCAGAACGGCACCCCCAAUGGCGACAUCCAAGGCGCCUCGCUCGUCGAGCACAAGAAACCCGAGGAGCUGCAAAAGCUACUACAAUUGAGCCUCCCCGAUCAAGGCACCGGACAAGACGGUCUCGUGGAGGUUCUGCGCAAAGUGCUCCGCUACUCGGUCAACACCUGGCACCAGGGCUUCCUCGACAAGCUGUACGCCUCGACCAACGCCCCGGGAGUCGCAUCAGAGCUGAUCCUCGCGGCACUCAACACCAACGUCCACGUCUACCAGGUCUCGCCCGCGCUGACUAUCAUCGAGAAACACACUGGAAAGCAACUGGCCUCACUCUUCGGCCUCUCGGGGCCCCGCGCUGGCGGCAUCUCCGUACAGGGUGGAUCGGCCUCCAACACAACCUCCAUCGUCAUCGCGCGCAACAACCUCUUCCCCAGCACCAAGAAAGACGGCAACGGCAACUACCGCUUCGUGCUCUUCACCAGCGCCCACGGGCACUACAGCAUCGAGAAGGCCGCGCAGAUGCUGGGACUCGGCAGCAGCUCCGUCUGGCUGGUCCCCAUCGACGCGCAGGGCCGGAUGAUCCCCUCCGCCCUCGAGUCCCUCGUCCAGAAAGCCCUCGCCGAAGACCGCACGCCCUUCUACGUCAACGCCACGGCCGGCACCACCGUCAUGGGCUCGUUCGACCCCUUCCACGCCAUCGCCGCCAUCUGCAAGAAAUACAACCUGUGGUUCCACAUCGACGGCUCCUGGGGCGGCUCGUUCGUCUUCUCCGACCGCCAGCGCCCCAAGCUCUCCGGCGCCGAAAAAGCCGACAGCAUCGCCAUCAAUCCGCACAAGAUGCUCGGCGUCCCCGUCACCUGCUCAUUCCUCCUCGCCGCCGACCUCCGCCGUUUCCAUCUCGCCAACACCCUCCCCGCCGGCUACCUCUUCCACAACGAAGACACCGACCCGGACACCCUCAACGGCGAAACCGAACUCCAGAUCGACUCCCCAGAAGUCUGGGACCUCGCCGACCUCACCCUCCAGUGCGGCCGUCGCGCCGACUCCCUGAAACUCUUCCUCGGAUGGACCUACUACGGCACAGCCGGGUACGAGCGCCAGAUCGACUCCGCCUGCGACGUCGCCAUCCAUCUGGCCACCCUGGUCCAGAAGAACCCCAACUUCAUCCUGGUCAGCGAGAACCCGCCGCCGUGUCUGCAGGUCUGCUUCUAUUACGCGCCGGGCAGGGAGUUCGUUUACCGGAGGGGAGAAGGGGCCGGUGGCGUGGCGGAUGAGACGCAGCGCGGGAAAGCGAACAGUAAGAUCACGGAGCAGGUCACGCAUGCCAUCGUGAAGAAGGGGUUCAUGGUGGACUUCGCCCCGCCGAGUGGCGAUGACGAUGCCGUGGGGAAUGGAAAGUUCUUCCGCUGCGUGGUCAAUGUGCAGACUUCGAGGGAGACGGUCGAGGCGUUGGUGAGGGCCAUUGAGGAGGUGGGGCCGGUGGUUGUGGAGACGUUGACGGCGGAGCGUCGGUCCUAGAUAGGGACCAGCUUGGUGAGUUCUUUGGAAUUUUGUACAUCUACGGUUACGGGUUGGAUAUAGUAUUUAUUGGUUGGUUGGUUGGUUGGACGGAUGAUAGACGGACGGAUGAGUGAUCGGUCACAAGGAUUAGAGAAAAGUUCGGAAUCAUCUAUAGAGGUAUAUAAGACACGGAUAAACAGGAGCC